AUGCAAAUUGUUGUUCACUUUCUCACCCGACCAACAUUCCGAAUGACCGUGUCCCCGGACGAAUCGAUCAAGAGUGUGAAGAACAAAAUUCAGAAUCAUAUGAACGUGUUCCCCAACGUAAUGACCCUGUGUCACAUAGAUCGGAAUUUGGACGAACAGCUCACCCUGGCUCAGUAUCGGAUCCCGGAUGGGGCGCAUAUCCGGUGCAAAUGUAGCAUGUGA